AUGGAGCAGGAGCUUCGAGAUCUUGACAUUGAUCCGGAUAGGAUGCCUUUGGGUCGGAUAUCACGGAAGGGCCUCACUGCGGCAUUCAGCGUCCUACAGGACUUGCAAGUGGAGUUGAUGCAACCUCGUGGGCCACGGAAUCUUAUAUUAGCCGACUUGACCAACCGCUUUUAUACUAUGGUGCCACAUAGCAUUCCACCGGGUGUGCCUCUGCCAGUACUUGACAAUGAGCAUAUCAUCGAUCAAAAGGUUGAGCUGGUUCAGAGCCUCAUGGACUUGGAGCUCUCUUACAGCGUUGUCUCCGCCCCGAGUGUGAAGGGUGGUGAUCCAAUCCGAGCCAAAUACAAUCAGCUGAAGUGUGGACUCAGCAUGGUCGAUCGGGCCUCGUUGGAAUUUCAACUCAUCGAGGAAUACGUUGUUAAUACCCACGGGCCAACGCAUACUACGUACAAGCUGCAUCUCAUUAACUGCUUCCGAGUUGAUCGGUUUGGAGAGAAUGAGAGGUUCGAGCCCUACUCGAAAGAACCCAAUAGGAUGCUACUAUGGCACGGUUCGAGGAUGACCAACUGGGCUGGCAUCCUACCCGAGGGACUGCGUAUAGCCCCACCACAAGCGCCCGUCACGGGUUACAUGUUUGGCAAAGGAGU